GAUCGGUGCGUAUCGUCAUCAUGAAGUUUGCAAUGAACUUUAGAGUGGCUUGUUAAAUUUUUUUUAUUGUAUUGCUUUAAUUUUGUUAAUCAAGAAUGAAUAUACUAUUCAUAAUGAGUAAAUUUGUUGAUUACUGUUUAAACAGUUAUUAAAACAAUAGUAAAAUCAAUGAAAUUUAGAAAUAAAUUUGGUAAUAUAUUGUAUAAAAUUUUAAAAUCACUCAGGCCGUGUUAGCAAGAAUUCAUGACGCAGUUAUUAAAUUUUUCUAAACUUCAUGAAAAUCUUACUUUUUGACCGUGGAUAAAACGAUUGUUAGAACUACAAAAUGUCCUUUAAUACAAGUGUCAUUAUGAUUAUUUUGAUACUCAAGCUUUGGAUACAUUUUAGAACCUGCGCUAAUCCUGGAAAAAAUGAAGAAAUUAAAAUUAAACGUGAAGUAUCGCAAAUUAAUAGCGAUAGCAAAUGUACAUCGAUAAAGUGUUUAAAUGAAUCUAUUUUUUAUUUGAAUAACAUGGAUCUUAAUGUAGAUCCCUGCAAUAAUUUCUAUACAUUCGCAUGUGGAGGAUUUUUAAAUAAAUCGUCAAUACCUAAAGAAGAAUUUCUAGUGACGCAAUAUGGAAUAUUAAAUAAAAAAAUUGAGGAUGAAUUGAUAAAUGAACUAAAUAGUGGACCGCAUGCUAAUGAUUUGGAAGCUUUCAAAGUGAUAAAAAGUUUUUAUAUGAAUUGUAUAAAUGAAACUCGCAUAGAAAAUGACGGUAUCACUCCAAUACUAGAAUUGUUGGACAGACUUGGCGGUUGGCCAGUAUUAACCGGUGAUAAGUGGAACGAUGAUGAUUACCGUUGGGAAAAUAUCGUUUCUCUUAUAAGUAACAUAGCCAAGCGCAUGUUGAACGCCGUCAACAUUUUUUUGAAGCUACGGGGACCGAUUCUCGAAGUUGAUAAUGGUUAUAACAUGACUGAUGAGAAUUCAAAGCAGUACAUCAAUUUUAUGACGGAUAUAGCGGUACUUUUAGGAGCUAACAACGAAACUGCAUUCAAUGACAUGCGGGAAUGUCUCAAGUUUGAAUUGAAACUUUUUAAGGUACUAUAUUCUACUGAUGAAACGUAUUCGUUUAUUCCAACUGAAAAAUCAAUAAAAGAAUGGACCGAAGAAUUUCCAGAUAUAUCUUGGUUGAGCCUGUUGAAUAAAAUUUUUAAACCAAGUGACGUAACAAUUGAUGAAAAUGAUAUGUUGCUCAUAGAUAAUACUCGUUAUGUUGCAACCUUGGCCAAAUUAUUAAAUAACACGUCUAAGCGAAUAAUUGCAAAUCAUCAACUAUGGAGAAUACUUUACUAUGAUAUUACCAAGUUCACGCCAAUGGAAUUUCGCAGCAAAUAUGAAAACUUCAAAAAAUCGGUUUUGAAUAGGGCUGAAUCUUUGCCAAGAGAAUACGCGUGUCUUAAUUUUUUACAGCAUCACUCACCCGUUGCUCUCAACUCAUUGUAUAUACAUAAGUUUGUGAAUAAGAAUAGUAAUUUCGAGCAGUUGAAUAUUCUGAAAAACGUCAAAAAUCAAAUGAAAAAAUAUUUCAAGAGACUCGGAUGGAUCGAUGAAGAAUUGCGAAACAUCGUUCUGGAAAAAAUAGAUACAUUGACAGCAUUUAUAGGUUAUCCAGAAGAAUUACUUAACAAUACCAUAGUUGAAGAUUUUUACAAAGAGUCGUCUGUGAAUUUAGAAAAUGCAUUAUACAGUUACGCCAACAUUACAAGAGUUGAAAAGAAUUUCUCACUCAGAUUGCUUCGAUACGCUCACAGAGCACACGAUUGGGCAAUAAAUGUAAAUGUUCCCAAAGUUGGGGCAAACUACGACAGUGACAGUCACCGCAUAAAUGUUUUGGCCGGAAUAGCACAAUCUCCAUUUUUCGAUCUAGAUCGACCAAAGUAUUUAAAUUACGGUGGAUUGGGUUUUGUAAUAGGUCAUGAAAUAAUUCAUGGGAUUAACACGAACGAUGUUAAAAGGAAACACGCAGUUGCUUUGAAGAGCAGUACCAUUAAAGAAUAUCAGAAAAGAGAAACAUGUAUAAUGAAACAAUUUAGCAACUAUACUAUCAGUCAAGUUUAUGGAAAUGUUGAUGGAGAACGUACCUACACGGAAAAUAUUGCUGAUGGUGGUGGAUUUCGAAUAGGAUACUAUGCUUACAAUUCUUGGGUUGAAAGUACAAAUACAUUGGAACCACAUCUUCCUGGACUUAAUUAUACACCACAACAAAUGUACUGGAUCGGCAUUGCCUCUGCGUUAUGUAGCAAAAUUAAGGAUGUAUCAUUGCCAGAUUAUUUGCGUGAUGAUCUUCAUAGCCCAGACGAAGCGCGGAUUAACGUUGGAUUUUCUAAUGUUGAGGAAUUCGCAAAGGAUUUUAAUUGUCCAGUCGGUUCUACAAUGAAUCCAGCACAAAAGUGUGUAGUAUGGUAACAGUACCAGUUUUUUUAUUUAAGCAAUUUAAUCUUCAUAAGAUUAUUAUACUAUACGGUAACAAUUUACAUGGAAAAUAAAACUUAAAAAUUGUUAAUAUUGUUCUGCUUAAUAAGAAUUCAGCAAACAAUAAUAAAUUCUUACCAAAUCUUUUGUUUAGAACUUAUUUUUCAAUUCCUUUUAUAAGCUAGAACUUAAUGUAGGUAUAAAUUUUUUAGACUAACAUCAACUGAUGAUUCAGCAUAUUUCUUUUUCUAAUAGAAAUUUUUUUAUGGAAAUAAUGUAAAGUAUUCCGCAUAAAUUUUAUUAUUAAGGUAAUUUUAACUAAAUGAUCCUGAAUAAUGAUUAUCAUCAGUUUUACACUAUUCUGCUCUUAUUUUAUUGUAACAACAACAAUUAUUUAAUGUUGAUCAUAAGUAGAAGAAAAAAUUAGCUUUUAAUUUUAAUUUUCUUCUGUUACUUAUGGAAGAACCAGGUACAAUCUUAUGCAACUUUACAUUACGCAUUCUUUGUCAUUUUCAGAACACAAUAGACAUACAGAUAAAUAAAUUGGACGCAAUUAUCGUUUAUUAAAAUUUUUACAAAGUCGCUUUUGUAAAAGUUUAAUAGUAUUUCGAGGUACCUGCGUGCGGCAACUCACCGUACGCACGAUUAUUUCAACUUAAAAUAUGCAUUCAGUUUUAAGAUAAUCAUGCGUAGAUUAUCAGAAAAUAAGUCAUAAAUUAAUUAUCUGUUUCAUUAUUUAAUUUAAAUGUACCAGCGAAUUUCUUGUAUAAAUACGUUUCGUUGACUGCGGAUUUGUUUUCUUCGCUCUUCGACCUUUCCACAGCUCAACGUGGUAUCGAAAGAAGAAAGUGUUUCAUACUAUAUUUUGAUGAGCUUUAUUUAAUUAAGUGUUCUAUACCGAGCACAAUUCUUAUCCUUAAGAUACCUUAGUGUCUCAAAUCUUGAGGAUUAAGUCCCUCUAGAGCUAUAAAUGGACCUAAGGUUUCCACCAAUUAUAUUUUCUUUAAUUUAUUGUCCGUAGUUUGAUGUUCUCUUAUACUUGUAGAUAAUUUUAAUUAAUCAACACUGAAAAAUGAAUCAUAUUGCAAGAUUAAUUAUGAGAAACUAUUAAAAAUUUAAGAUAAAUAAACAUUUAAACAAAUUUGUUUUUAGGGGGUGUCCGUCUUGUCCGGUAUACAUACGUGCAAAGUCACUUUUAAUGUUAUAAAUAAUGUGUUUUUAUAGAAAUAUUCGCAAUUUGAGAUAACAGAUAUAUUAAAUAUAAAUAAUCACUGUAACCUUACACUAUUUUAAAGUGAUAAAACUAUUAAACCAAAUAAAUAAUACAUGCAAUCAUACAUAUCAAAAAUCGUUAACUGGACCAGGUUAUAGGUGGCAGCAGUUAUCACCGUAAGCUUUUGAAUGCAAAUUUUAAAAAACCGUCUGGGCGCGUGUAAUAAAUUUCAGAUUUAAGGAAUUAACAAACACUGAAUACGCUGACUGCAUUGCAUACAAUUUGUUGUUUUCUUUUAUUUAUUGAAAAGUGGCUUUCUAACGUACAAUACGAAUUUCCAAUCUUUUAUCGUAAAUAAGUUUCAAUGUUUUAUACUACAUAAAUAUUAAUAAUAUGCAAUUUUCUAUUAAUUUCUUCAAGAUAUAUAGAAAAUACAAUAUUCAAUUGAAUACAGUUAUAUGUCAAAAAUCUCUCGGAAAAUUCUCAUAUUGCCGAAGAACCCUUAAAGAAUUUCUAAUAUGCGGAGUGUCGCAUCAAUAAACUUAUUUAUAUUUGUAGGCAUGCUGUGUGUGUGUGUAUGAUGUAUAGAGCUAUUACCAUAUCCAAAAAUAUUAAGUUUAAAAUUAAACAAAAUGUACGCUCAGGUGUAAUUUCCCAGCAAUAUAAAUUGUAAUAAAAAUUUAAAAGUAAAAAACAUGUAAGUGAUAAAAUGAAAGCUAGAAAACUUGUAUAUAUUUUCAGAGAAAUAAAAGGAAAGUCAUCUUGAAAAAAUAUAA